AGAGAGUACCUACUGUAGUGCAAGAGACAGAGGGGGAGAGAAGGAAAUCUUCACAGAGCAGACAAAAGCGCUGGACUUUGUUUACCUCUUCUGCUUCAGUUUCCUCUCGGACCAGGCGGAUUAUUCAAGCGCUCCUCCCGCGGAAACUUUUGGAUUUAUUUCACUUUUGACAUUUCCCCCUAUUUUUAAAUUAAUGCUUUGCUUAUUUUGGACCUGUGGAUCCUAUUUGGACUCGAAUUGAUAUUAUUUAGACGUAUUUCUAUUUCAGCCAACUUGUCAUCUUGUGAUUUUCGGGGCCAGUGGUGAUGUCCCGCCACUGACAUGCACCAUCCGUCCAGACCACCAAAACGGUUCGAUGGCUCGACCGCAGUAAAAACAACACAAGGGAGCGGAGGAGACCCACCAUCUGUCGCUGGAGAGUCAGCGCAAACCUCCCGUUCAAACGACGGCGGCGAGCAGAGCUUUGGCCACCGCGAUUCCAUCGGAGGAGGAGAACCAGACUCGCCGUCUUGGUGCAGAACCAAAGCCAACUCCCCUGUCGACAGCCUCGGCGUGUAUCAGACGAGGACUAUAUUCCUCCUCCCUCGCCGCGCCUCCAGUGGAUAUUUCUCCUCUGACGGCGACUCGCAGCCGAGCUCCCCGCUCUCCCCGAGGCCCGGGACGGCUGACAGAGCCACGCAGACUCCGAGCCCCGCCGGCCAGGUGAUGAAUCACGCCGUACAGCGCAUGGCUGGGGCGCACGGCGGAGGACCGGGGACGCACCAGCUGCACGGACAAUCUCCCGGCCCCUCUAGCACGCGGCGACGAAACGCAGCAGGGGACAUGCAGAUGGAGGCAAUCGGUCGAGAGCUUCGACGCAUUGGGGAUGACUACAAUAGAGAGCUUCUGCUCAGGCAGGGGCCAGGCGUACACAGACGGGUUGUGAUCCAUCCCAACCCAGUGCCGCACAUCCACCAGGAGCCCACAGUGCUGCUGUGCGUGGGCCUCCUGCUCCUCCUGAUCGGACGGAUAAUCUACUUGCAAGGCAGUACGAACAGCCAGGAUCACUCUCAGGUUUAGCCUUUGGAAAACCCAGCAGACGUAGCAUUUUUUCUUAAAUAAUAUAUCUUUUUUGGAUCCUUUUUGUUUUUCAGGACCUAAUUUACACCCUUCUUUCUCCGUUUUCCCAGUUGAGGAAGGAGAUUUUGGAUUCUGUUGAUCAUAAUUUUGAUGGAGAUGAGCUGUUAAAGCUCUAAAAUGCUUGGAUGUUUAUUUUUUCGCCUCUGUUUUCCCUUCACGGUCUCUGAGCCUUUGCGUUGCAACCAAAGAGCCGGGAUUUUGCACUCCUUUGAAGCGCAGAGGUCGUCAUGUCACCUGAAUGUGCCUCUGUGCAAAAAACGCCUGUGGAAAUUCAAAUGUGCCUUGUACAGUUCCCUGUUUACUUUUUUAGCUUCUUUUAAUUUUUUUUUUUUUUGAUGUACAGAGAUUUUGAAUUUCUAGAUUGAUUAACCCUGCAGACCCAGGGUUGUAAAAGAAAUGUGGGUCCAGUCUGCAAAACAAACCCAAACUUUUCUCUGUGAUUGUUUCAGGCAAGAAAAAUGAUCUUGCACUUCUCUCGCAUCUGGAUCCAGCAUACAACAGACUCUGGGCCGAAUUUUUAACUAAACCAUUUUGCAAUUUAAUGCUUUUUUACCAUUAAUUACGUCAGCUUAUGUCUAGAUUGUCAGUUUUUAAGAGCCAGCAUUUCCAGCCACAGAAUGAACUGUAUCCUGAAAAAUUUGAGCUUAAUACCACAGGUGUUGACUCUAGAGAUCAUUGAAAGUCAAGACAAUACUUUAUUGUGCAGACCCUAUUUGGACAGGAUUCGUAUUCCAGGGUGAGAUGGGUUAUAGAAUAAUUGCUGUGGUCCUCAGCAAAAGAAAAAACAGAGUUUUGAGUGGCAAAUUACAGCAUUCGGAUUAUAAAAGAUGGGAAUAUUCUGAAGAGAAGUCAUCAUCAGGAAAAGCAGAUCUUUGCUUGCAAAACAAAUUGAAACGUGAUAUAAUUCUGUGGUAGGGGAGGAAAAUGUGCUCUGGACUGAUCAGCGCAAACAAGAUUAAUAAUAAACACUUUUCCCUGCAUAAAUUAAUCCUGUGCAAAUGCCAGUUAAUACUGUGUUUGUCUACAUUAAUGAUAAAGUGUUCAUUCAGUUUUAUGUGUCAUAUUUCAAUACCCAGGGUGAAGUUUUAGCAACAGAUCCUGCUACUGGUUAGCUGAUAUAUAAUCAGGAUUAUUAUUCCUUCAAAGGUACUUUGAGAAGAUGCCAUCCUUCCUCUGUAUGGAAACACCUGUGUGUUUUGGUAACCACUAAAGCUGUGGGUUGAAAGAUAACUUCCUCCCUACUAACUCAAAUCAGAUUUCAAAGACUUUCUGAAUAAUUUUAUCACCAACUACAGUCAGUGUAACUAGAUUCCUCAAAGAUGGCAGUUUAAAAAAAACAUUAAGGGGUGUCAUUUCCCUCUUUGCUCUGGUUCUUUUCAGCAUUAAAACAAAGAUUUUGUACGUUAAUAAUUAAAAGCAGGAGCAGAAUGCUUCGCUUGGAAAUACAGUAAUAGGAUUUGAAACUCGAAAGAGCAAGACGGUGAGCCAAAUCAAUAGUGAAAUCACAUCAAACACAUCACACAACCAUUAAAUAGUGUCAUUUUCUGCUUUACAGUUUUAUUCACUUUCCACAUUUUGCAUUUACAAACCUUAUUUUAACCUUGUUUAAAUCUUCAAAGCAAUUUUCUAAGUGAUCGAACAGCACUGUCUCCCUGCAUUGUUUGUUUCAGCCUCUGGAUUUAACAUUAGCAGCCAGACUGAAUGUAUUUGGCAAGUAUCGGUUUGUUGACAAGGUCACGUUAUCCGUUUAUUAGCCCAGUGAUUCAGACCUGGCCAAGUCUCCUCAUGCCUGCCAGGUCAUUAAACACUCUCUCAGAGAGAUUUCUGGAUGACAACCAAACACUGAAUCAUGCCUAGUCAAAGAGGGUUUUGUCAUUGACUGUUUAGCUAACAGCAACAUAUCUGACGGCGGUGAUACAGGCUUCUGAUUAAUUACAUUUAUUCUUAUCGGUCCUGUUGUCAUGUGAGAGCCCACCAAAAAUAAGCCAUUGUUUUUGGAUUUUUUUUUUAGGUCUUGGCUUAAUAAAAUGCAUGUUACCUACCGCUUACAGUUCAUAAUAGCAGAACCAGAAAAAUGAUACACAGAUUAAAAAAUGAUUACAUUGUUUAAGUGUGAAAACCUUAUAUGCAAAAACUUGAAACCAAUCAUUUUGUAUGCACAUGAAUCUGGUUUCCUUCUCAUUUGGAGGAUGCAGUUCAACAUAUGUCAAUUCCUUCCUUAACUCAGAACACUGUUAAGUAUUUUAGGUUAAUGAGGAAUUGUGAAAGAAAGAAUUUGUCCCAAGCACCUUAUAGCAUGAGUGCAUACAGGAUGCUGCCUUUGUAAGAUCUUAGGGAAGCUGCAGAGGUUGGUCAGAUAUAUUUUUUUUUUGGCAAACCACCAAUCAGUCCUCAUCACUGAAGCCUUCUUUCUUUUAAAACCAAAACAACCAUUUUGAAAACACUUUCGAUAAAGCAUAAGUUUCACUUUUGUCUGGCUUUUCCCAGUUUGUUUUCUCAUGUGGAAUGGGCUCAUUGUUGCCCCUCACAACUGUGGUUCUCGUCAACCGUGGUUACAGUGGUUAUUUUCUGCUCUCCAGCCUCAAGAGACAAUAAUGCAUUACGGCUGGCACACCAGAAUGAGGUGAAGAAGCCACCACCACACAAAGGUUAGGUUUAUACUUACUAGGAAGUAUUUUCAAACUGUAUUUUUUGUUGUUUUACAAAAGAAAAACCUUCAAAGAUAAAGACUAAUUCAUUGGUUUGGCAAUAGUACAUCUGGGCUGUUUCUCAAAUGGAAACCUCAACCACGUCCAGGUUUGCCAUGUUGCAAGUGCAGUGUGAAUGUUGACCAAAGAGAUUUGUGCAAAACACUUGUUUUAUGGGUUAUUUUAGGUCAGCGUUUCCCAAACAUCUUCUUGAGUACCACUUGUCCUGCAUGUUUUAGGUCUCUCCCUGCUGCAACACAGCUGAAUUAAAUGAUCAGCUUUGGGAUUUCAUAAUGAGUUGAUCAUUUGAAUCAGCUCUGUUGGAGCACGGAGAGAUCUAAAACAUGCAGGAUGAGUGGUACUCAAGGGGAGGUUUGCAAAAUGUUGUUUUAAAUGGUACAAAUGAAAUGUCACCAAAUUAUCAGCCAUAUUGUAUGUUGUUUUGAUCGCUCCCAUCAGCUGCAGUGAGUGUCUGCGUCAGCCUGACUGGAAUGAAAAUGUAAAUGCAAUUUGCUGUUUUAUGCUCUGCAGAAGCAGUUGGUGUAUGAGAAGCACUUUUACUAAGAUCUGAAUAUAAAACCAAUCCAUCCAAUAAUGCAUUUAGAGUUCUACUCUUCAGUGAGUCAUCUGUUUCAAAUGAGUGUUAGCUGUGUUGCAGAUACACUGUUGUUCUGUGUUACAAGGGUUUGAUUUAAUCAUCUGAAGCAAAUGAGUUCCAUCUUUGUUGCUCGCUCCCUGUGAGGUUAUCCAACAGCAAAUCAGAGCCGCGACAGAAGUUUGUUGCAACAAAAUCGACAACUAAAUUCAUCUGAGUCUGUGUUUGAGUCACGCUUGGAUGUUUGUACAGUUGUGUCAACAUGAAUGCAUCACAGAUGAAGUGUCAUCUUGGCUUUCAUCACCCUUAAACUCUCAUCUCAUCUGUUUAAUCUCAUCUUUUAAUCGUGUUAAAUUGGCUGUUCAGCCACAAAGUUUCAUUUUUAAACUUCCUAAAGUGAGGUGAUUACUCUCAGGCAAUCUGAGUUUGUUUACAUUUGUUACAUCACGCAUAAUAUAAAGUGCAAAGAUUAAUAACAGUGAGUAAAGUCAAUACACAGACUGACUUUUGAAAAAAUUCUUAAAAAUUAUGCACUCGUGAAAACAGCCUCAAAAUAAUUAUGCGUCAAGGACAAGAAUGGCAAAGUUACCGUUUAUAAACAAUAGGAGAAUCAGAGGGUGAUAGGCUCAAACAUUUCAUGUUGAAAAGUCAGUCAUGAACAAAAAGAUAAAAACAAUACAAAACAGCUAUAGGGGUAACUGGGAGAUUAAUAGGGUGACUACAAAGAGACAGAAUUGACCUCAAAGACUGAUCAUUGAAAGAGAUGCAAAACGACCACAAAAAUAUAGAAAAUGACCACAAAGGGCAACAAAAUGACUAUAAAGAGAAUCCGAAUGUCCACAAAUAGACACACAAUGACCAAAAAGAGACUCAAAACAGCCAGAGACAUAAAAAUGACCACAAAGGGUCACAAAACAACUAUAAGACGACUCAAAAUGUCCGCUAUGAGACACAGAGCAACUAAAAAAAGACAUAACGACCAAACAGAGACACAAAACGACCACAAAGACACUCAACACAAACUUUAAAUGGUUUCACUUUUGGGGAUUUUUUGUAAGAAGGGUGGGAGACCUAUUAUCCUGCAUCCAGGGGCCAGUUGUCUCAUAAUCUCUCCAUAGCUGUCUUCUAUUUAGUUUGAAAAAAGCAGCUCUUUUUUUGAUGGUAUUUUAUAUCAGAAUUGUUGAUUUGGCAUUCAUUCAUUCCAAGCCGCGUGGUCCAUUUCUCACUCAUUGGUCAUCGUCAGAAGUAUGGAACCUGUUGUGUCUUCUAUGGCCACGUUUAAUUUUUACAACACUGUUUGAAGACUUCUUGAUGUUUCUAAUUUUGUUUCCUCAUCUUGAUCUUUGCGUCCUGGAAAUGCACGCAUCUCAGGCUUGUUACCCGCUUUGCCUUUCCUCCGCUGUGACUGCAUGUUGAUUCCUGACAUUGUGUCAUCCGAUAUCUAAAACCUCAUUCUGAUGUACUGUAUUACAGCUGGAGUGAGAGGGGAGAAUGGCAGGGAGGAAACUGAAAGAUGAAUUACCGUCUUCUGAAACUGAUAUGGAAACCUGGUGAUUCACGGCCUAUCGUUCAUAGGUGUUACAGUGCAGAAAUGGUUGUGUGACAUUCAGGGUUUUACCGACUGGCAUCAACACUGCUGGAGCCGCUUCUGCAAAUCUCUGCAGAUUUAUGUUUGUUUGAGCUUUUAGGAUUAAUACAGCAGAAUCAUCAAAUUGAAAUUGUUAAAAAAAAAAAAAAAAAAGAUAAAACAUGAAAGAUAGGGAACCCAGAGACACUGUUGUGUUGUGCUUCGCUGCAUUGCUGUACAGAAAUGCAUCUGUUGGAGCCUGUUUGUAUAGAAAUGGAAACAAACUACUAUGAAUGACUCCAAAUGACCCAGUACAACUGUAGCAAUAUGGUGUCUUUUUGUUUAUACUGUUAAUGUACACUGAAAAUAUUGUAAUUAUGAUGUUUUAAUUGCUUUCAGUGCAUUACACUGUUGUAAAUAAAGCUUUUACAUCUUUUUAAAACUGAA